CCGCGUGACGUCAGCUCGGUAAACUGCCAGAUACUGGUCCGGUACCUCCUCCCGGUACAUCGUGGAAAGAUGUCGGAGAGGAGGGUGCCCGGUGGAGGAACAGCGCACAUUAAACCAGCCAUAAAGAACCAACGUCGUAGUGUUUAUUGCUAGUUUUGAGCAAACGUAAGGGGUUACUUUUUGUAAUUCUUACAAACGAAGCAGUGUGGCGUGAAUGGGUGGAUAAAAAAAAAACAAAAAACGUCCCAAUCCCAAGAAGAGACCGUCGAAACAGAGAACCGCGUGAGGGCUUAAACCGAGGCCGGGGAGCUGCUUCGGCUUCUCACUGGGGCGGGGAUGUUAUCCGUACUGUCUUAUGGCAGACUGGUAGCCAGGGCUGUCCUCGGUGGACUCUCGCAGACGGACGGGCGCGACUACAGCCUCGUCACCGCUAGCUAUGGCUUCGGGAAGGACUUUCGGAAGGGGAUCCUCAAGAAAGGGAUGUGCUACGGGGACGACGCCUGCUUCAUCGCAAGGAACAAGAGCGCUGACGUUUUGGGGGUAGCAGAUGGCGUCGGUGGCUGGAGGGACUAUGGCGUCGACCCGUCUCAGUUCUCUGCCACGUUGAUGAGAACAUGUGAGCGGCUGGUGAAGGAAGGCCGCUUCAUUCCCAGCAACCCGGUGGGCAUCCUGACGUCUGGCUACUAUGAGCUCCUCCAGAACAAAGUUCCCCUUCUUGGGAGCAGCACCGCCUGCAUUGUAGUAUUGGACCGACGGAGUCACCAACUCCACACGUGUAACCUCGGUGACUCGGGCUUCCUUGUGGUGCGCGGAGGUGAGGUGGUGCACCGUUCGGACGAGCAGCAGCACUACUUCAACACGCCCUUCCAGCUGUCCAUCGCUCCCCCGGGCGCCGAAGGGGUAGUGCUCAGUGAUAGUCCAGAAGCUGCUGACAGCUCCUCCUUUGACGUGCAGCUUGGUGACAUCAUCCUCACUGCCACGGAUGGUCUCUUUGACAACAUGCCAGACUACAUGAUACUCCAUGAGCUCAAAAAACUCAAGACCACAAACUAUGACAGCAUCCUUCAGACUGCACAGAGUAUAGCAAAGCAAGCGCACGACCUUGCGUAUGAUCCCAACUAUAUGUCACCGUUUGCACAGUUUGCAUGUGACAACGGCCUGAAUGUAAGAGGAGGAAAGCCUGACGACAUCACAGUGCUGCUGUCCAUCGUGGCUGAAUAUACAGACUAGCAAGUGUGUGCUCCAAUGUGCGUGGAGGAGUGAGCACAGGCCGCACUCAUCCCCUUCCGUCCGUCUGGCACUUCCUCUGCCCUGUGGCCCACCAGACACGAUGCCCACUCAUCCUCCCAUGUCCCAUUUUGUUUUUGUUCUUCCUCUGUUGUGUCAAGGAUCAAAGGGGAAGCAGGCAGCUAGGAUCGCUCAGUGUCGAUCAUUAACACGGGAGAAGGCCCUCGCAGCACAUGAGGCGUCCAAAUGACAUGUCAUAGUGUAACGAGCGAUGUAGUGAGAGGAGCAAGCCAUCCAUUGGGGAUUCUUCGGUGAAAGUAUCAACUGAUGAGCUUGAAGAAUGUUCAUCUCGCCAUGUUUUGAGUCCAAUCUGUAGAAGUUGGCUUUAGGAAUGUGACGGAAGGAUGGGCUAAUUAGCUCAGCUCUUAAAGGGAACUAAAUAGAGCCUGCAAGACUCAUUAGAGCCCACAUGCAAAGGUUCUUUCGGUUUGGAGCUGAGGCAAAUGUGUGCCUGUUUGCAGUUGUAAAUAGUUUUGUUCUGGGUCUCUUGUCUUUAUUUUGGGUUUUUGGUCUUGUUCGAUUGCUGUCAUGGAUGAUGUCUUCACAGACAUGUUUGGGGAAUCCGCACACUUCCAUUUGCUGUGACGAACAUUUUCUGAGAGGGUGUGAUAGGAAAAUGGAGUACCUGAAGUGUGUGAGUUAGAAUGCGUGUCAUGUUUGAUGUUGACGGAGAAGCGCGAUAGGUCAGGUAUGAUGAUAAAGAGGUGUGUAUUUUUUUAAAUGGCGACGUUUGAAAGUGUCCAGAUGUGUGCUGAAUUUCCUCUUAUAGCGGUUUAGUUGACGAACUGCUAAGAUGGCCAGGCAAUCAUUGACGUGGAGGCUAUUACUUUUCCCACAUGCAUUUUUAAAACAUUAAAAUAAUUUUAUAGAUGUUAUCUAUCCAGUUUCUACUCUUCUGUUUCCUGAUGUCUACUGAGCCAAAGCACCACUUUUUUUUUUUUACUUUAACAUAACGUAUCUCAUUGCAUCCAACCAAACAAAGUCACAAGAAGUAUUUUUCACUAAAAUAAUCUAAAUUUACUCGCAAAUGCCCUUAAGCUUGGUCCUGGUUAGCUGACACAAAGUACGAUUUGAAUGGAAAUACAUGUAGUGGAUACACACGUGGUUUACUUUACGUUUUGCCAUCUAGUAGAAGAGCUUUUAAUCGUACUAUCGGGUACUUAUCAUUCUAUGUUCUUGGGAUAGUUAUAUGAACAAAGUUACAUUAUUUGCCCAUUAUCAAUUUUGAUGGGUUAUGUGGAAUUGGAAUUGUUUUUCACAGCGCAGCAGAUGUUCUCUCUUGUGACACUAAUGUGCUCCUGCACAGUGGUUAGGAAUUACUGUUGUGUCGCAGGUCAGUGGUUAGAUGGAGCCGAUCCUAGUUGACUUUCGGCAAGUGUGGCUGGUGUCGCCAGUCAAUCACAUGGAGAAAAACAACCGAUGCACAAUUAGUAAAGGUCAAUUAUCCUGACAUGCAUUUUUGGGGGGGAUGUGAGACCCAGAAAAAAGACCACACAAUCGGGGGAGAACAUAAAUAAUGUAGAUACAGGAAGGCCCGUGUCACUAUUAAAACCCACAGCCACAGAAAUGUUAAGCAUGACGGGAGAACUAUUAGGUCUACUGUGGUGCCAUAGAUUUGAUCAUUUUCCACAAAUAAUGACCGGAUUUAAAUAAUAUUCCCAUCUGGCAUUGUAUGAGCUAAUGUUUUGUUCAAAA